AUGGCCUUCGCCCUCUCCUCCAAGAGCGUCCUGCGCGCUGCGCCCGCCUCCGGCGCCAGGGCCACCCGUGUGGUGCCCCGCGCGGCUGUUGAGUGGUACGGCCCCGACAGGCCCAAGUUCCUGGGCCCGUUCGAGGGUGAGACCCCCGACUACCUGACUGGCGAGUUCCCCGGUGACUACGGCUGGGACACCGCCGGCCUGUCGGCCGACCCCGCCACCUUCUCCCGCUACAGGGAGGUGGAGCUCAUCCACGCCCGCUGGGCCAUGCUCGGCGCUCUGGGCUGCCUGACCCCCGAGCUGCUGGCCAAGAACGGUGUGCCGUUCGCUGAUGCCGGUGUUUGGUUCAAGGCGGGUGCCGGCAUCUUCGCUGAGGAUGGCCUCAACUACCUGGGCAACCCCAGCCUGGUGCACGCCCAGUCCAUCCUGGCCACCCUGGCUUUCCAGGUUGUGGUGAUGGGCGCCGCUGAGAGCUACCGCUUCAACGGCUCCGCCCCCGGCGGCUUCGCUGAGGGCUCGGACACCCUCUACCCCGGCGGUGCCUUUGACCCCCUGGGCCUGGCCGACGACCCCGACACCUUCGCUGAGCUCAAGGUGAAGGAGAUCAAGAACGGCCGCCUGGCCAUGUUCUCCAUGCUGGGCUUCUUCAUCCAGGCCAUCGUCACCAGCAAGGGCCCCGUUGCCAACCUGGAGGAGCACCUGGCCAACCCCACCGUCAACAACAUCUUCGCCAACGCCCCCCGCCUGGCUUAA